ACUAAACACAGCAGAAGUUUGUAGCUUCACUUACUUCGCCUAUAAUUCGGAGAAUUUUGCAACAUGAAAAUCGCUCUCAUCGUACUCUUUGCCGCCGGUAUGGCCAUGGCUGCACCCGUUGAGGAAUCCUCGGUAAAGGAGAAGCGCGGUCUCGCCUUGGGUUUGGGCUACCAUGCACCAUUGUUGACGCAUUCAACAACUCAAUUGGUGGCACCAACUAUCUAUCAAUCGGCAGAAUUGUUGCAUGCACCCAUCGUGCAUGCGCCAAUUAUUACGCAACAUGCACCAAUUUACACUGCACACGCCAUUUCGCAUUCGAUUCUGCCAUCCUAUCAUUUCCCAGCUUAUUCUGCGCUGCAUCUCAAAUAAAUGCGUGAAAGUUGUGUAAUUCUAUUUGUUGCGGAUGGCAAAGGUUCGAAGGUGAAUGGCAACAACAACAACAAUAAUAAUUACAACAAAAAAUAUGUACUAAGAUGAUGACAGCAAAAAGUGUAGCAUCAGUUGAGAGGAAUGAGGCAAGCAGCAACAGUCGAGAAUACAACAAAAAUCACGAAAAAUUAAGAAAUAAAAAUUGCUUUAUAAUAUGUGGCAACACUAACUAAAAACAAAA